ACUUACUCCCGGAUGUGACGUCGCCAUUGUUUUUGAAAAAGCGGCGGUUUAAUUGUUUAGCAUCUCGUGAGGCGAAUGGAAAGUCUUUUUUCUGUAAAAGUUUUCCGGGACCACAACUAAACGGCUGUGAACUCCUUUGCGGCAUGUUGGCCAUGCAGCCCCAGCAGUCUUCAAAGGAGAGAGGGCUUCUGGGCAGACUGUGUGCUGGAGACAGGAAACUAGAGGGGAAGACCUUCUACCUGGACAAUGUGAAGAAACGCCCCACCACCCUGCUGCUGGAGGCCGUAGGUCUUUUAGGAGGGAGGGUUGAGAGUUUCCUGCACAAAGAUGUAACCUUUGUUGUGACUGGAAGCCAAGAGAGCCUCCAAGAGGAGAAGAGUGUGGCUGCUAAAGGUGAAGGGAAGGGGACGGACGAAGGAAGCCAAAAUCUGGUGAAGAAGCCGGACGGUGGCCUCAGGAAAGACAAACAGCGACCGGCGACUCCUCGGCUGGCGGCUUGCGGCAGCCGAGGCAAGGCUCUUCUUGAGAAAGCCAUUUGCAACAAUGAGCGGAAGCAGAGGAGCAGCGUCUUGUCCAAUGCUCGAUCAUGGGGAGUCAAGAUUUUACAUGUGGACGAUGUCCUUUUAUAUCUGAGGCAUUUGACUCGAGAUAGCUUCAGUGCUAAACCUAAGAAGCCUGCAAAGUCAUCCACCAAACAAUGCUUGCCUGCUGUCAAAGCUACAGCUUUACGGGCUCCAUAUCUUAAAAUUGAAGACAUGAACCGGAAAUACAAGCCUCUGCAUAUGCAGUCUGUGGCCUUUCCCUCUCUGUACUUCUUGGGUCGGUUUAGUCCCUUUGAAUCUCCUCCUCCUCCUCUGUUUAAGGAGCACACGGCGCAAGAACACGUUAAAAAGAGGGAAAAUAAAGUUGAAAACAGCCUUAAGGAAAAAUCUCCCACCCCGCUCGGCUGUAAUCCUUCCCCUUGGCGACUGCGCAAAAAGGACACGUACUACUGCGAGUGUUGUCAUGAAACCUUUACCAAUCUGGAGGAGCAUUUACAGUCAGAUGUGCACCGUUCAUUUGCGCUUGACCCCUCAAACUACAGCGCUGUGGAUCGGCUCUUGGCUGAAAUGCUUCCAGGGUUUGACCCCGAUCCACCUCAGCAUUCAGAAGAACGACCACCAACUCCUCUGCCUACAGAUGAUGAUGAGCUAGAGCUGUGUCCUGACGUCGAAGUGGAGCAUGUGGUUCAGUUCCUCCGGCGAGACGAUUCGUCCUCCAGCCCUCGUAGUCCCAACGUUGCCCGAAGUCCGCCGCCUUGUAACCUGCCGACUCCAUCCGUGGAAUCAAAGUUCACAGGCCGAAACCUUUCCGGUCCACUGAGUGAGGAUCAGCCUGUUCAUACCGGAGCACAGCCAUACGCCGCUCACGUCCAGGCUCCGGCUUUAAGCCCCACCAUGCCCGUACUUACCAUCGAAGCACUCGACCAACAGCUGGAAGCCGCUUGUACCGACGCUCCGUGUCUCCUGUCAGACCCUUACUCUCUGCCGCCGGUGCUCAGCCCACAGGUUCCCCUUUCCCACGGCAUCGUGGAUCCUCCUUACCCAGAGCCCCCUAUCCUCAGCCCUCAGAAGUACAACUCGGAGGAGACUCUGGGAGCUCAGGCUUGUGAAAUGGACAUUGAGGAGAGCGGUUCGUCGCCGCUGCUCCCCACCUUGCUUCCGGUCUUUACGGCGGAGACCGGUUUUCAGAACGGAAGGGGUUCAAACCCACUUUGCGACAGAAGUUUAUCGUCUCCCACUCGGUCGUUAUGUAGAUCUAGGUCAUUCCCUCAGUUGUCCGCUGCGGCACCAAACCCUAAAAAGCGCUGCAGAUCGUCCAGCUCUGAACGGAGGAAGAGGAGGAAGACGAGUGAGGAAAGAAGUGGGUGGUGCGAACAAAGGCUUGGCCCGCUAGAACCUCAGAGUGACGGUAUGGCAGAUGUGGUGGACUGCUUAUUAUUUAGCAACGCGUCUUAUCCAGUAGGACGGCCUUGUCCUCAGGUGGCCCUCAAACAGACAUGUAACACGUUGUCCUUCUCGGCGAUCCGCAACUUCACUCCAACAAUGUUUCAAGUGGAUUCUGCUGCGGAUCGGCCGCCGUUCCUCCUCCCCUCAAGAGCAACAGACUUCAGUUUCCCUCUGGGUGACAAAACCCAAUGUGCGACCUCCAGUCGAGACUCUCAGAGUUCCCGUUUCCUCCCCGCGUCUUUCUGCAUCGAGCCGGCCCUCAUCCCAGACCUGGCAACGCGCUCCUCCGGGUCAUCGAACUCCGACUGGGACUGCGACCUUCUGUCACGGCUGGAUCCGGCGCCGGCGACCGCCGCCGAGCAGAACUACGAGCUGGACAAGGAGCUGCUCCACAGGCCGUGCACCUGGAUGAAGGACAGCAGCUACGAGUCCCACCUGCACACCGUCCUGCAGUCGUCGGCCCCGGCGGCGGCGGCGCUGUGCGGCGAGGACGUGGACUCUGCUACUUUCUCCAGAACUGUGGUUCAGAUCGUUGAGGUUCAGCACUGAGUACUUUGGGUUGUAAAACUGUUCUUUUUGUAAUAACUGGAUCAAUUUCCCGUGGAACGUAAAGCUUUAUUAAAUGUUUUUUACACUGAAUAAAUAUUUAGGCUUAUGAAGAUGCUAUUUUCAAAGGUGCUAAACACUUCCUGUUUUUGAUGAACUGCGUUUUCUAUGAUUUGAAACGUUUCUGACUUCUUCCCCUUUUAGUCCUGACUCUCUUAGUGCGUAGAUGUAAUAUUCUGUGUGUUUUGCUGACUGCGGUCGUUCUGCGUUUCUGUCCGGGAACACGCGGCGGUAUCGAGAGUUUAAUGAGGGAAAAGGGAGGGCAUUACUCAAUUACUCUAAGUGCUGCGCCUGGAUCAGAUCCCACGUGAGAUGUUGAUGGUGGAACAGGCGGCGUGUUCAUGGAGCUGAGGACACAAAGUGAUUAAUGUCACAAAGCUUUUCCUGCCUCCUCAAGGUGGGCCAAGGGACGGGCUUCGUGACAUGGAGGUAGGCAUUUCACAGUAGUGCGUCGUUGCUCCAGUCAAACCAUUCCAAACGGCACCGUUUACCAAUUAAAUGGGAAUUUAUUUUGGUCAAGACCAGCUGCUGUUCAAUAGACAUUAAGUUAAAACGUUGUACAGUGCAUUUUUUUUUUUAAUAAAUGUUUUUGCCUCAAAUAUUU